AUGCAACCGCCUUCGGCGUCGCACAAAAAACUGGCGUAUCAGACAAUAUUCCCGCAGUAUCUAGAUGCUAAUCUUACUCCAAGCGAGGGGCGACGCCUGACCAGAACGCAGUCUGUGGAGAACCCGCAGCUUGAGGAAAUUGUCGUGGUCUUGAGGGAAUUGGGUUACCAGGACUUCUUUAUUGAACGAAACCUCUCGUUGCCACGCUCGCAGGCGUGCAAUAAAUACGCCAUCGUUCCUAAGGGAUGUGUGAGGGUGGCGAUCAAGCGGCCACAGUCAGAGCACUACAUUCGUAUGAGUGACUUCGACACACAGACGCGAGGUGUGACGGUGCAAGGCAUAGGCAGUAAACAGGAGCUUUUGCGCCGCGUGGCGGCUGCGAUUAAGGCAAGUUGCGCAGCGCGCCCACAACCCGUGUCUUUUGCUGACGUCACGGGUGCCUCCGUGAAGAAGAAAUCGGCAUGCAGUUAA